AUGGAGUCUAGUCGGGUAAUUGGAGACAAGUUUGUGAAACAAAUUAUUUCUGGUGUGGAGUACUGCCACAGAAACAUGGUGGUUCACAGAGACCUCAAGCCUGAAAAUAUUCUCCUCGAUUCAAAAUGCAAUGUAAAAAUUGCUGACUUCGGCUUAAGCAAUAUUAUACGAGACGGCCAUUUCCUGAAGACCAGCAGUGGCAGUCCAAAUUAUGCAGCUCCUGAGGUAACAUCUGGAAAACUUUAUGCUGGACCAGAAGUAGAUGUUCGGAGCUGUGGUGGGAUAUAUACAUUGCCGAGCCAUUUGUCAGUUGGCGCGAGGGACUUGAUUCCAAGGAUGCUUGUUGUUGAUCCACUGAAACGGAUAACAAUUCCUGAGAUUCGUCAACAUCCAUGGUUCCAAGCUCACCUUCCACGCUAUUUGGCUGUUCCACCACCAGAUACAUUGCAACAGGCAAAGAAGAUUGAUGAUGACAUCUUGCAAGAGGUGGUUAACAUGGGUUUUGACAGGAGCCAGUUGAUUGAAUCUCUCCGCAAUAGAGCACAAAAUGAGGCAACUGUUGCAUACUAUUUGUUAUUGGAUAAUCGAUUCCGUGUAUCAAGUGGGUACCUGGGAGAAGAGUUCCGGGAAACAAUGUCCUGGGCACGUCCGCGUGAGAUAAUGACAGAAGUCCUAAAAGCUUUACAAGAGUUGAAUGUUGGUGGGAAAAAGAUUGGGCACUAUAACAUGAAACGCAGGUGGUCUCCUGGCUAUCCUGGCCAGCCUGAAAACGUACUUAACCCUCACCACAUCAGCAAUAUCCACAGUAAUGGCCCAAUAAUUGAAAGUGAUGCAGUGGACGCUGCUGCAGCAAUGGUGGUGGAGUUUGAAUCGCAGAAGCAAGCUGGAGCUGAGUCAGGGGCACCGGCUCUGGAUUUCUCAAAUUGA